AUGGGAACAGGGAACGAAACACUGCUGACACAAUUUGUUCUCACAGGUCUCACUCAUCUGCCACAGUGGAAAAUCCCUCUGUUCCUGCUGUUCCUGGUGAUCUAUCUCAUCACCAUGGUGGGAAAUCUUGGUCUCAUUACUGUGAUCUGGAACGACUCUAGCCUUCACAUUCCCAUGUACCUAUUUCUAGGGAGUUUAGCCUUUGUAGAUACUUGGUUAUCAUCCACAGUGACACCAAAGAUGCUACUAGACUUUUUUGACAGGAGUAAGCUGAUCUCUCUUUCAGAAUGCAUGCUACAGUUUUUUUCAUUUGUAGUCAGUGCAACCACAGAAUGUUUUCUCUUGGCAGCAAUGGCCUAUGACCGCUACACAGCCAUAUGCAAACCUUUACUCUACCCAGUGAUUAUGACAAAUAAACUCUGUAUAUGUCUGAUAAUACUGUCCUUUGUAGGUGGAUUUAUUCAUGCUUUAAUUCAUGAAGGCUUUUUAUCGAGACUAACAUUCUGUAAAUCUAAUGUAAUAUAUCAUUUUUACUGUGAUGUUAUGCCCCUGUUAAAGAUUUCCUGUACUGACCCUUCUCUCAAUUACCUAAUGCUCUUUAUUUUCUCUGGCUCAAUUCAAGUAUUCACAAUUACAACUAUUCUUGUCUCUUAUGUACUUAUUCUGCUUUCAAUCUUAAAGCAGAAAUCUAUCAAAGGUAUAAAGAAAGCCUUCUCCACCUGCGGAGCCCACCUUUUGUCCGUGUCUUUGUACUAUGGUCCUCUUCUUUUCAUGUAUGUGCGUCCUGCAUCUCCACAAGUAGAUGAAUAUGACAUGAUGGAUUCUGUAUUUUACACUGUCAUAGUUCCUGUACUAAAUCCAAUUAUUUACAGUUUGAGAAAUAGACAAGUAAAAAGUUCACUGGAAAAAUACUUAAAGAGAAAAUCUUAG